AACAAAGUCAGCCAUGAUGGCCGACAUGAAAAUUCGAGACUAUGACAGCAUCACGUCUUUUCUGGGCUCCUGGGGGGCCUUUCAGCGUCGGGUGUUCCUGGCGCUGGCCAUCAGCAUCUAUCCCAAUGGCUUCAUUGGCAUCUACAUCGUGUUUGUCGGCGACACGCCGCCUCACCAGUGCUACAUCCCCGAAAGCGCCAACCUCAGCGAGGCGUGGAGGAACGUUACCAUCCCCACGGAGACGGUGGGCGGCGACGAGAGGCCCAGCUCCUGCUCGAGACUCAACCUGGAGAGGGUCAGGAACUACUCGGACAGCGGCAUCGUCCCACACGUGGACGUCAACGUGGCAGAGAUUCCUUUGGAGGCCUGCAGAGACGGGUGGACGUACAGCAAAAGUGUUUACCAGUCGACUAUUGUCACCGAGUGGAACCUGGUUUGUGAGGACUCGCACAAAAUCCCGCUGACCUCCUCCAUCCAUUACUGCGGCGUGCUCGUGGGAGCGUUCCUCUCGGGCCAGAUGUCGGACAGAUACGGGAGAAAGCCCGCCCUGUUUACCAUGAUGGUCCUUCAGACGGUGGCUGUGACGGCGCAGAUAUUCUCCCCCAGUUGGGAGAUCUUUACGUUCACCUUCUUCCUCGCGGGUGCUGGGGGGUUCUCCAAUUACAUCAUUGCGUUUGUGCUGGGAACAGAAAUCCUGAACUCCAAAGCUCGGGUGGUCUUCUGCUCCCUCGGUGUUUUCAUGAGCUCAGCCAUAGGAUACAUGCUCAUGCCGGCCGUGGCGUACGCCCUGCGCUCAUGGAGGAUGCUGCUGAUCCCCAUGGCUGCAUCGGGACUGAUAUACAUACCGCUGUGGUGGUUCCUACCCGAGUCCCCUCGCUGGCUGCUCUCUCAGGGCCGUGUGGACGAGGCGGAGGCCAUACUGAAAGACGCCGCCAGGAGAAAUAAGGUUGCCACCCCGGAGGCCAUUUUUACAGAAGCUGAGAUUGAAGAUGCACUGACGAUGAAAGACAGGAAAUACAACAUUCGAGACAUCAUUGGGAGCUGCAACGUAUUCACCGUCAACGUGCUGUGUUCAAUUCUAUGGUUUGUCAUCACCAUCAGUUACUACGCUUUGAUCCUCAACACCUCCAACCUGCACGGCGACCCCUACUUCAACUGCUUCCUGUCUGCGGUGACGGAGGUGCCGGCUUACCUGAUCGCUCUGCUGCUGCUGCACUUCUGCUACCGCCGCCUGUGCCAGUCGUCCACGCUGCUGAUGGGCGGAGUCAUGAUCCUGUGCGUUCACCUCAGUCCCAUAGACCUACACUGGGUGGCCGUGCUGCUGGAGAUGCUGGGCAAAUUUGGCGUGACGUCGGCAUUCUGCGUGGUGUACACCGUCACGUCUGAGCUCUUCCCCACCGUUAUCCGAAACACGGCCAUGGGGUGCUGCUCCAUGGCCGCUCGUGUCGGAACCAUCAUCUCCCCCUUCAUCAUCUACCUCGGCCAAUAUAAUAAAGCCCUUCCAUACAUCCUCAUGGGAUCAUUGGCUGUGGUCGGAGCUCUCCUUUGUCUCCUCCUGCCAGAGACGUUUGGGAAGCCUCUACCAGAGACCAUGACGCAAAUGCAAACCAUGUGCGGGUGA